AUGGCUGUUGCAGUACCCAAGUCACUUGACCCUAUGGUCACCCUUCUCCAAAACGAGGGCCUCGGGGAACAGAUUGUGGCUCCCACGGAUGCCGAGUACACUGCUCGCCUGGACUCGUACUGGUCCAACAGUGCCAAACUGAAGCCGGCGUGUAUCCUCCGUCCCAAGUCUACUGCCGACGUUGCGGCAGCCAUCAAGGCCUUGGCAUCGAGAGAGCAGUCAUUUGCUGUACGGAGCGGCGGCCACACCAACUGGGCGGGCUCCAACAAUAUCGAGGGCGGCGUCACGCUGGACCUCGGAUCUCUCAGCGCCAUCACCGUGUCGCCGGAUCAGGCUACGGCCGAUAUAGGUCCCGGUGCGCGCUGGCGUGAAGUCUAUGCCGAGUUGCACAAGUCCAAGCUUGCCGUCGCCGGUGGGCGUGAGGGCAACGUUGGCGUCGCUGGUCUGCUGCUGGGUGGCGGUAAUACCUUUUUCACCGGACGGCAUGGCUUUGCCUGCGAUAAUGUUGUCGCGUACGAGGUUGUGCUCGCGGAUGGAAGCGUCGUCACUGCUGAUGCUAAAUCCAAUGAGGACCUGUUUCGUGCGCUCAAGGGCGGCUCGAAUAAUUUCGGGGUCGUCACGAAAUUCACCAUGAAGACGGUCAAAUCGGACCAAGUCUGGGGUGGCAUGACUUUUUAUCCCAAGCAGACAAUCCCACAGGCCAUAGAUGCUGUCGUCUCAUUUGCCGGCAAAGUCAAUGAUGACCCCGACAGCAACCUUGUCUGCAUCUUUACGUACAUGUCAGAAUUCAAAGACGUCGUGGUCGCCACGCUGUUCAACCAGAUUCAGGGCAUCGAAGCAGCGCCAGCGUAUGAUGAGUGGCGAGCCAUCCCAGAAAUCAUGAACACUGUGAAGAAGACGACUAUCUCUGAAAUGGCUUUCGAGUAUAAUAUUCCUGCGAAUUAUCAUGCCAUAUGGUUCACAGCUUGUUUCAAGAACGACAAGCGCAUCGUCACAAAGGCAUCAGAGCUACAUGACCAACUCGUGGAAGAGAUCAAAAAAGUAGCUCCAGAUGGCGACUUUGUCACCCAGUGCUUAUGGCAGCCUCUCCCGAAGCUGUUUUCCGAUCAGUCGGUCAAGGCUGGUGGAAAUAUCAUGGGCGUUGAGCGCCAGACGGGCGACGGGCUUUUGUUUCUUGCCACAGCCAUGAUGAAGACACCCGAACAGGAGGCGGCAGUGCAUCCCAAGGUCAAGACUUGGGUCAACGAAGUGAAAUCCUAUGCUGCUUCGAUCGACGGAAAUCUGGAAUGGACUUAUCUCAAUUAUGCCGAUCCAAGUCAAGAUGUGCUCAAGACGUAUGGCGUAGAGAAUUUGAAGAAGAUGAAGGCCGUGGCGGCAAAGUACGACCCCAACCAGGUUUUCCAAAAGCUCUGCCCAGGAGGAUUCAAAAUCUCCAAGGUCGACAUCUAG